AUGCCAGCAUCCGUUGAAGAGCCACUACCAACCCCCAAGAAGGCACAAGAGCCCAUCGACAUCCAGAAAGUCUUCCACUACACCGACCUCGACACCUGCAGGCCCACGCGCGUCGAGGACCCCUACGAUUACCUAUGGGGCUUCGGUAAUCGCUUCCAAAGUGAAAUCAUCCCAGGCACAUUGCCCGUCGCGCAGAAUCACCCCCAGGUCCCGCGGUUUAACUUGUACACUGAAGGCCUCACAUCUUCCGCCUUCGCCGCAAGCAGAGCCGCCAAUGCGAGCACUUACAUGUACCGCUGCCGGCCCUCGGUCGCGAACCACGGCUUCCAGGGUGGUGUGCUCGAUUCUAGAGCGCAUCUGGAAAGCUGCUUCCUGGCCAUCAAUCCAAAGGUCAAGAUGAUUCCAGCACAGGUCGAGUGGGCGCCUUUUGACCUUCCCCGGGAAGGCGAGGAGACUGAUUUUGUGGACGGCCUGCACUCUCUGGGUGGAUCCGGGGAUGCCAACAUUCGGGAUGGGCUCGCCUUGCAUGUGUUUAUGAUCAACGCCCGGAUGACGCGGAGGGCUUUUUUGAACGGAGAUGGAGAGUUCUUGAUCGUCGCCCAGCUGGGAAACCUGGACAUCCAGACCGAGAUGGGCAAACUCUACCUCCAGCCUGGCGAGAUCUGCGUAGUCCCUCGCGGCAUCAAAUUCCGCCUGAACCCUGCGGAUGGCACGAGAGAGGCCCGAGGCUACGUCCUGGAGGUCUGGGGAUCCCGAUUCGAGCUGCCGGACCUGGGCCCGAUUGGAGGACAUGGAAAUGCUAACGCGCGGGACUUUGCGUAUCCUGUCGCGUACAUGGACGAUUCGGAGGAGCUACAUCAGCAGCGGCAUGUCGUCGAGAAGAUCAACGGGGAGUACCAUGUCUUGAUGCAGGACCACAGUCCAUUCGACGUUGCGGCGUGGCACGGCAAUUGCUUGCCUUACAAGUACGAUAUGACCAAGUUCGUCGCACAAGGCAGCACAUCCGUCGACCAUACGGAUCCCUCGAUCUGGACGCUUCUGACCGCCCGUUCGCGCGAUCCCAACGUGCCGCUCGUCGACUUCAUCUGGUUCGGGCCGCGCUGGGAUGUCGCCAUGAAUAGCUUCCGCCUGCCGUAUUUCCAUCGCAACAGCGCGAGCGAGUUCAUUGCGAACAUCUACGGCGCGUCGGGCGGGCGGAGCGCCAACUUCAGACCGGGCGGAGGCGUCUAUGAGGCCGGUCACACGGCACACGGCGGCUUCGGCGACAUCUAUGUCGCUGAGCGGAGGAAGAAGAGGAAUGAGCCGAGGGUCCUGUUCCAGGGCAUGAUGACGUUCAUGAUCGAGUCGUCCCGGUCCCUCCUCUUCACCGAAUGGAGCCGCGCGCACAGCACCACGGACGCCACCCCGCCAACAGUCUGGGACUCCGUGCCAGAUCAGUUCUCCACCGAUCCCAAGGUGCGGGCCCUUCUGCAACGGGUCAAGAAGCAGAAGGCGGAGAGGAAAGCCGAAGACGAGGCGUACCUUGAUGACGAGCGGAUAGAAAAGAUUCUGGGCAGAGUCACCGUAGCUGAGCGGAAUGGGACCGAAGGGGUUAACGGGACUUCCGUGCAUGUGUCUGCACAGGCGAUUCUUCCCGAGAGUGAUGCGUAG